AGAGUUAGUUCCCGGCAAACUGGCCGUCCGGCAACAUGUGGAAAAUUCUGUGUGGGAUCGUCGUUCUCGUGACGAUUGUGGUGAAUCAGCUGGCUGAAGCAAGGGGAGUCCGCCGGCGAAGAGGCCAUACUCUCCAAUUGGACAACUACCUUAGCUACGAUGGAAUAAUGCAGUAUCUGGAUGAGCUGGCUCUGUCCCACAGUAGCCGGGUGACCCUAAAGGAUGUGGGCCGCACCUACGAGAACCGAGCCCUGAAAAUGGCGAUGAUAACCAACGGAGAUGGACGUCCCGGAAAGAGGGUGAUAUUCUUGGACGCUGCCCUCCAUUCGCGCGAGUGGAUGACUCCCGCCGCCGCCCUCCUCACCAUCCAUAAGCUGGUGGUGGAGUUUGCGGAGAAUUCCGACCUUUUGACUGAUUACGAUUGGCACAUUAUGCCACUGGCAAAUCCAGAUGGCUACGAGUAUUCACGGAAUACAGAGCGAUACUGGAGAAACACGAGGACACCGAAUGGAGGCAACUGUUUUGGCACCAAUCUCAACAGGAACUUUGCCGUUGACUGGAAUGUGGGUUUUCCGGAACUAAAGGAUCCCUGCGAUGAGAACUACGCUGGGAGUUCACCAUUCUCAGAGGUGGAGGCACGUACAGUGCGAGACAUUAUGCACAGCCUAGUGGAGAGCAAACGGGCUGUAAUGUAUCUCUCACUGCACACGGCAAACCGAUCGGUCUUCUAUCCUUGGGUCUACGAUACAGCUCCAGUGUCAAACCAAAAGGAGCAUGACGAAAUCGGAAGAUUUGUUGCUGAUCGAAUUUUUCGAAGCACGGGCACCUUUAUAAAAACGUGGCAAUAUGCUAAAUUUGCCGGAACAUUUGGUGGCACCAGCAUGGACUACGCGCUGGUCGCUGGAUUUCCACUCUCCUUUGUGUUCGAGAUGUCUGGAACGGGAAGGGAUCAUGUGGAGUACAAGUUCUUUCCUCCGGCCACAGAUAUACGGCAUUUGGCUGAAGAGUCCUGGACGGGAAUUAAAGCGUUUGCCGAGAAGACCAUUGAGAAAUAUCCUCCAUCCAGGGUGAUUUCUUAUAAGCCAAAGGUUAAGCUUCUUGAAAACGCUGCACCACGGAAUUGGGGCUUAAGUUCAAUGGCUGGAACAGUUUGCCUCUUGUUUAUAUAUUUGACCUAGCAUAUCUAUCUAGCAGUAACUAUAUGAUUAUUAUAAAAACGAAAUUAAAUCUUGUAAAGUCCUGCUGUUUUGACACUUUA